AGUUCCGGGUCGCUGUUUGACGAUCAAUCAUCGCCACCACCUGCUAUCUGUGGCUGCACGAAAAGGCCAGACACAAUGAAACUGUUUGUUGUUAAUGUUGUGAUGUUUUCGUUUUUGCAGCUGUGGUUUUCUUUGUUGUGUUUUGAAGAGGUUGUUACUGCGGCCAGCAGCAGAGGAUUUGGUGAUAACAUCCACUGGAGGACGCUGGAGGACGGCAAAAAAGAAGCAGAGGCCAGUGGACUGCCAGUUAUGGUCAUCAUCCACAAGACUUGGUGUGGAGCCUGCAAAGCUCUGAAGCCUCAAUUUGCAGAUUCCAAGGAAAUUUCUGAACUUGCACACAACUUUGUCAUGGUCAACUUAGAGGAUGAGGAGGAGCCAAAGGAAGAAGCCUUCAAGCCUGAUGGCAGUUACAUUCCCAGGAUUCUUUUCCUUGACCCCAGUGGUAAAGUCCACCCAGAAAUCAUCAAUAAAAAUGGAAAUCCCAACUUUAAGUACUUCUACAGCAAUGCAGAACACGUUGUAUCUGGCAUGAAGGAGGCACAGGAGAAGCUUACAGGAGAUGCUUUCAAGCAGCAUCACACCGGAGAUGAGCUGUGAGGAACAGAAGUUGGACAUCAGGCUGAAAGGGCUACAUUUCCACUACUGUAAAACCCACAACAACCUGCUUCAUUGUUUGGCGCACCCUGACAGAGGGCGUACACGUCUCUGAUGAAAUGAAGCGUUACAGGCACUGGUGCUCCUUUUCCAUCCAGUACACAUUUUAAUACUGGCACAUGUUUAAGUUUCAGACUUUUCCUGUCAUCCUUUGACAAGUUAUAAGUUCAAUCUUCUGUCGAUUAAAUGCCAUUUACUGCCUGUAAAUAAAACACUGUUAGGUCUGCAUGUGUGUAUGUACACGCAGUACUGUGCAGAAGUCUCAGGCACCCUCAUGUUAUCUGUAUAAACGUUCUCGUGCGCCAUCUCCUCCACCCCCCCACUGGUCAGUAAACUAAGUUUGGAAAGUUGAUUGCAUGUCUGCUUGUAGUGUAGACAGUGAGCUUUAAAAUGUAGGGUAACUGCAUCCAAAUCAGAUGAAAGUAUGAAUUACAGCACUGUGUGUGAGUGCACGCCCCUCAACUUCCAAUUCUGUAUGCUGUGAUAAAUGGCAACACUAACCUUUCUAAGUGUCCAAAUGUUUAGAUCUAACGGUACAACUCCAACUAGCCACAUUAACAGCAAUAUGUUCUACACUGUUAAAUAACAAUAGUACUGAAUUUAAGACACAAAAUAAGUCAAAAACCUGAAAGGUUUUGUUUUGAAAAAAGCCAUGUGAUAUUUUGCAGUGUAUUUGAAGAUACCUACAAACAUAGAAUGUAUUCUUAAAGUACUAUUACUGCAUUUAUAUAAAAAUAUUUUUAGUCAGCACUAAUAAAAUACUGCAAUACAGUACAUGAUGGUAAAGAUGUUGCCAUAUCUACAGUGUUGUGCUUCCAGAGAUGCUCUGUACAAUACGCAGAUGACAUCGUACUUAACACUGCACUGAGAUCAGCUCUGUACUUGAUUUACAGAGUGUCCUUAUCACACUCUGCAAAAUUAAUAUUCAUUUAAUCCUGCCAUUGUAUUGAUACUUAUGCUACUGUUUGUAUUCUAUUAUUUUUCUUUUCUUAGUGGCCUUUGUUUAAGGGUGAGGAAUGAAAAAUUCUUUCUGUAUUUUAUACAUGUACACAGCCAAAUGUGCAAAUAAAGUUUGUUGUAUUGACUUGUUUAA